UUUAGAUUUUAUUAUUUUUUUCUGAGGAAAAAAUAAGUCGGAAAUAAUGCAGCUGCAUAUAUCUCCGAGCUUGAGACACGUCACGGUUUUGCCUGCAAAAGGAUUUAGAGAAUUCAUCAAAGUGAAGAAUGGAUCAAGAAAAUUAUCCUAUCGCAUGGUUUUCUACUCUCUUUUGCUCGUCACUUUUCUUCUUCGGUUCGUUUUCGUAUUAACUGCAGUUGAUACUAUUGACGGGGAAAGGAAAUGCUCGACUAUAGGUUGUUUGGGGAAAAAAUUAGGACCACGAAUUUUGGGAAGAAGAUUUGAAACAGAUGUUCCUGAAGUGAUAUAUCAAGUGUUGGAAAACCCUGCGGAUCAAAACGAAAAACAAUCAGAACCGGAAAUUCAUCAAACACUCGAAGAUUUUAUCGCCCAAAUGAAGGAAGAAAGACCCGAUGCAAAGACUUUUGCCAUCAAGCUCAAAUCCAUGGUAACGUUCCUCGAACAAAAAACGAGAACCGCAAAAAUACAAGAAUACCUAUACCGCCACGUGGCAUCGAGCAGCAUACCGAAACAGCUUCACUGCCUCACUCUCAAACUGGCAAACGAGUACUCCACUAAUGCCAAAGCAAGACUUAAACUUCCCUCCGCAAAUUACGUCCCUGCCCUUGUUGACAACUCGUUUUUUCACUUUGUCCUAGCUUCGGACAAUGUCUUAGCCGCCUCUGUAGUUGCAUCAUCACUUGUUCACAAUUCAUUACAUCCCGAAAGCAUCGUACUCCAUGUAAUAACAGAUGGCAAGACUUAUGCUCCCAUGCAUGCAUGGUUUUCGCUGCACCCUUUGAAACCGGCUGUCGUUGAAGUCAAAGCGUUGACCCAUUUUGAUUGGUUCACCAAGGGGAAGGUCCCUGUAUUGGAAGCCAUGGAGAAGGAUCAAAAUGUACGGUCGAGAUUUAGGGGCGGAUCGAAUGCUAUUGUGGCGAAUAGCACCGAAAAUCCGCGUACUAUCGCUGCAAAGUUGCAGGCGCUUAGCCCGAAAUAUAAUUCGGUUAUGAAUCACAUUCGUAUACAUUUGCCUGAGCUGUUUCCAAGUCUUGAAAAAGUAGUGUUCCUUGACGACGACAUUGUGGUACAAACCGAUUUAUCCCCUCUAUGGGAGGUUGACUUGAACGGAAAAGUCAACGGGGCCGUGGAAACGUGUAGAGGAGAGGAUAAAUUUGUCAUGUCGAAGAGGUUGAAAAGCUAUUUAAACUUUUCUCAUCCUUUGAUUUCGAAAAACUUCAAUCCUAAAGAAUGUGCGUGGGCAUAUGGGAUGAACAUAUUUGAUCUAGAAGCUUGGAGAAGAACAAACAUAAGCCAUACAUACUACUACUGGAUUGAAGAGAAUCUGAAGUCGGAUCUGAGUUUAUGGCAGCUAGGGACUUUACCACCUGGUCUAAUAGCUUUUCAUGGUCAUGUUCAAAUUAUCGAUCCAUUUUGGCAUAUGUUAGGAUUAGGGUAUCAAGAUAAUACCACCAUUGAAGAUGCUCAAAGUGCAGGCGUAAUCCACUUCAACGGUCGAGCAAAGCCUUGGCUGGAUAUAGCAUUUCCGCAGCUGCGCCCUCUGUGGACCAAGUAUCUUGACUUCUCUGAUCGUUUCUUAAAGAGCUGCCACAUCAGAGCAAAUUAGGAGAAAACAUAACCAAAAAACAAAAAAAAUCAUUAGGCUCUUUUUACACAUGCCAAAAUGGAGGGUUCUUCACCGUUACAACGACUUCCGAGCAGAGACGAAAAAAGCCAUGCUUCAAAUUUUGGGAACUCUGUCCGUAAUCCCGAGUUCUUAAACUUGCCACAAUUUUAUAUCAUAUUUUCAACAUCAAUAAUUAAUUUAAUUCUACAUCCUUGAUGCAAAUCCUGGUUCAUCAAAAUUGAGAAAUUACAAAAACGGAAGAACAAAUGUCCGAUAAGAGUAUACAUUGACAUCUUAGGCAACAGUUAUGUAGUUAAUCUACCAAGUGUUCGGAAAACGAAAUCAACCAACAUUGCAAGAUAUCAAACAAUCAUCGUUAUAGUCCAUUG